AUGGACGCGACUUCCCCAGAGAUGAUCAACUUCGUUGUCGUUCCGGUCGAAACGAUAGUUAUUUGCGGCUAUAUAGUCGAUGAACUCAUCCUGGCCAUCUGCGAGGAUCCAUCAAAUGAAGAAAGCAAGCUCGAGGACUUCCAAGCGCUCAGUCGCAGUGCCAACACGAUAGUCCAAAAUGUCAAAAUAUGGCCACUCAUCGCAAAAGAGAGUUCCACCGCGUACGAUGUUUUCCGAACGCUACAUGAAGUCGCAUCGUACUGGCUGGAGCGUUCUCCAAUCUUCAAGAAACAUCUGAGUGUGCUCAGAGAGUACUUGGAACUGCUACCAGGUUUCUCAGCCAGUGGCCUAGAGACGUCCAUCUACGGAACCAUCAAGGACAGAGAAAUGAUCUUGCUUGAGCAGCAGAGAGAAAUUUCUUGGUACAAAAACCAGUGUCAACACUCAGACGUCGUUCGUGCGAAGGACUUGAAGCGCAAUCAGUCACAAUACCACCAGUUCUUGACCCGAUUGAUGUGGAUGCGAGAUGACCCUCUUUCAAGGAUGUUCCAGUCGUACUUCAAGGGAGAAUACCAGGACCACCCGAAAGAUUCCGAUUGUGAGGAGCUGUCGUAUCAGCUGGAGAGCUUCAGCGUUGCUGCCCUCACCGAGCGCGCCGACAACGACACCGCCGAGAGCAACGCUAUCAAGCUACCAACCCUCAAGUACAUCGCCAUUAUCGAGACCGACAACGAUAACAAGGCCAUCUUUGACCUCGAAUACCCCGAAGUCAACCAGGAUAAGCACAAGGUCUUGGUCAUCGCGAAGGACAUGUGUACCGAGAUGGUUUCCAAGGGUUAUGAGAGCAAGGUCAAGCUGCAGGACAUCAUGGAGAUGGCGGUCAAAAUGGCGAAGAAGUGA